AUGUCGAGCCAUAAUUCAACCAUCGUCUACCCCUGCGUUCCUACAACCGAAGAGGACCCGCGGGCUCGUAUCAAUGUCAUGAUUGACAUCUUCAACGCCUGCCUUUCAUCUCGCUCGGGCGGCAAGCUUGACAGAGGCUUGUACCAUGAGAUAUUCACGGCAUACAAGCUCGUCCAGGGUUAUAAGAUCAUGCAUGGUAGUCAGAUCUCGAGACCCCUCACUGAUGCGGAAAAGCAAGAAGGUCGGAAUGGCAGCUCGCAAAUGAUCACGGUCCCCUUACAGGGUAACAAAUACCGAGAAUUAGAUAUGGUCUACAAGGAAGACGGAACUACCUUCAUCGUCGAGGCCAAAAACACCAAGACUGUUGAUCACAGCCAGCUCCAGCCCAAUAUCCAACUGGCGCAGCAAAUCCAAGGAGCUUUGGUGUAUGCGAUCGGUGAGAAGGAUGGUCAGGAACGAGCUCUCAAUGAAGCAUACAAGAGGCUCAGGGAUCAACAAGACCAGUCUAGCGGUACUGGGAGCUUCCCUCCUCUCCACAUCCUGCGGAUUCCGGAUAAAAUCUCGAACAUCAUGUCGGAUAACAAGCCGAUGAGUCUCUUAUCGCUCUCAUCAACUUUUCAAGUUUCCCAGUUCAAUAUCGCUGAGGUCACGGGCGAGUUUGAUCACGAAGAACGCGGGUUUUCGCUGUUUAGAUAG